CCCGAGUUUCGCCAAUCCAAAGGCAGGGGUGGGACGGUGCAGGCGCAGAGGAUUGGGUUUGGCUGGACUCGAUUUAAAGAGACAGAAGCUGUCGGGGUCCAAGAAGACGGUACCCAAGACCCUCCCCCAAGUCCUUGGGCCCACUUGGGUCCCCAAAGCUGGGGAGAUGGUUUGCGGAGGCUUUGCCUGCUCCAAGAAUGCGCUGUGCGCGCUCAACGUAGUCUACAUGCUGGUAGGCUUGUUGCUCAUUGGAGUGGCUGCGUGGGCUAAGGGCCUGGGUCUGGUGUCCAGCAUCCACAUCAUCGGAGGAGUCAUUGCUGUGGGAGUCUUCCUUCUUCUCAUCGCGGUGGCUGGACUGGUGGGUGCUGUCAACCACCACCAAGUACUGCUGUUCUUUUACAUGAUCAUCCUUGGUUUGGUCUUCGUUUUCCAGUUUGGAAUCUCUUGCUCAUGUCUGGCUAUUAACCUAAGCGAACAGACAGAUGUCAUCAAUGCUUCUUGGUGGGUGAUGAGCAACAAGACCCGGGAUGAACUGGAAAGAAGUUUUGAUUGCUGUGGCUUGUUCAACCUCACAACCCUGGACCAACAAGAUUAUGCUUUCUGCACUGCAAUCUGCAAGAGCCGGAGCCCCACAUGCCAGAUGUGUGGAGAAAAGCUUCUUAAGCAUUCAGAUGAAGCCCUGAAAAUCCUGGGGGGUGUUGGACUCUUCUUUAGCUUUACAGAGAUCCUUGGUGUUUGGCUAGCAAUGAGAUUUCGGAAUCAGAAGGAUCCUCGAGCCAACCCCAGUGCCUUUCUAUGAGACUUUGGAUCCUUCUGACUUCUCUCCUGCUGUCUGCUCUCUCUAAGCUUUUUCUUCCUUCCUUAGGGAAAACCUGGGGUCUAUAACCCUUUUUGUUUGAGAAAAAGGAAAGGCCCUUUGCCAUGCUCCCUAAAGAUGAUUGAAUAGCUAGGCUUUAUGCCUUGACAUGUUUUGUUGGGAGCAAGAUUAUAAGGAAUAAAGAAAAACCUUCCUUCCUCUCUCCCUAAGUGGAUAUGGGAAGCUCCUGGCAGUGCAUGAAAUGGGAUGGGGGUUAGAGUCAUUCCUGGCUGUUUCCCCUCUUCUCCCUUCCACAUACUAGACCAUCUCAACACAUCUUUGCUCCAAGAGUAAAUCAGGGACAGAUCCAGAGAGAAAACCAAGAACUCUUGUAAUAAGCAGGACUCGGUUUGGGGAAGUUCAGUGAAUACAAAAAUAAAAACCAUUCAAACUCCAUAAUCAAA